AGAUGGCGUCUGAUUUGGAAGAACUGGAGAUAUUAUGUCGUGAAACUGGACUUUCUAAAGCUGCAAUAUGCAAUGUUUUAAACUCUAGCGAAAGUGCUAAGUCUAUAUUUAAAGAUAUUAGCGAAUAUGUCUCCAGAGAGAAAGCGCAAAAAGAGAAAAUGAUCAACAAUGUCCAAAUUCUUCGACGUGCACGUGUGAAUGCUGAUCAACAAUUCAAUCAAUUGGAAAAGCAACUUAUUUCAUGUAACAGUAAGUUGGAACAUGAAACACAGUCAAAUGAGAUAUUAAAGAAGAAUUUAGACGAAACAGCUGAAGCUUUGGAAGUGAAAUCGAAGCGACUGUCUGAAGCUGAAUCUUUAAAAGAUGCUGCUGUAACAAACUAUUCAACAGUGUUUUGUGAAAAUCAAACCCUUGAAGCAGAAAAGCUCACAUUAGUAGCUACAUUGGAGAGAAAGAAUCAAGAAAUUGACAGAUUGAAUGAGGAAUGGAAGUUAAUGUCUGAGAAAGUCAGCAAUGCAAAUGCGAUACAAUAUGAAGCAAAGGCAAAGUUGGAUGAACUUAAGAGUAAAGAGACAUCAUAUCAGUUACGAGAAAAAAGAUUAGAACAAGAAAAAGAUCUUGUGACAAAACAAAGAGAUUGGUUUGACUCGUUGCUAAAGAAAAAAUCUGAAGAAUAUUUCCUUCUGAGGAAAGAACAGACUUCAACCAUUACCCAGUUGCAAACUUCACUGGAUGCAAAAAUUGAUGAGGCAAAUAAUCUUGAAUCUUUGAGUGAAAACCUGAAGACAGACAAUGAGGAGUUGAAAGACAAAACAAGUUCCCUUGUUGACAAAUUGAAAGAAGCCCGUGAACAUCACUUAAAGACAGAGGAACAAUAUAAACUUGAGAUUGCUUCCCAAAGUAAACUGGCAUUGCUCUACAAGGACACAUCUGAAAGUUCAAAAUUGAAAUGUGAGGAACUUGUUGGUGCUAUAGAGGAGUUACAAGGCUUGCUGAAAGAGGCUAACAAUGGGCGUGUGGAAGUAGAGAGCAAACUGACAGAAAGUGAAGGAAAUCUUGAUAGAGUUAUUAAAGAAUAUGAUGAGAAAGUGAUGAAUAUUGAAAAUGAGCUGAAAAAUGCAAAUGACUUGUUGGAAGCAGCAAGACAGAGAGGAACUGCUCCAAUGUCAGCUGAAAGUUUGGCAGCUUUCUCGCCCACUGCGGCUGCAACUAGUUCAUUCUUGAAGUCUGGAAUGACCUUGACACAGAUUUACAAUCAAUACGUUGAGACUCUCGAUUCACUUGAAAUUGAAAAGGCUGAAAAUGGCCGUUUGAAGGGAUACUUGGAGGAUAUCUUGAAGGAUAUUGAAGAAAAAGCUCCAUUGCUCCAACAACAACGAAAAGAUUACGAAGGCUCUCUCAUUACAAUUGACAAGCUAACGUUGAAACUGGAGGAUGCUAUGAAGGAAAUGGAGAAAUACAGUAUGGAGACGAGCGAAGCUGUUCAAAAAUCUGAACAUUUGAGAAGAGAAAAUGAAAGAAUGAAAGUAUUGACUGCUGAUCUUGCCUCGCAGGUUAAAGUUUUGCUGAAGGAGUGUGAAGAAGCCAGAGGUUCUGUAGUGAGUACUACAUCAAGUAUUGUGUUGGAUGAUCUUGCUCAUUCACAUGACGAGGUUUCCAGUUCAUCGGAAGUGAUUUCAAGCAGAUUGGUAACAUUCAGAAAUAUUGAAGAACUUCAAGAACAGAAUCAACGGCUCUUGACGGUCGUCCGGGAACUUAGUGAAGAAAAAGAGAAAGAUGAACAGAAAGAGAAAAGUGAUUUGGCUCACACUGAACUAAAACAGAAACUGGAUGAAGCACUUAAUGAGCUGGAGGAAUUAAAAGAAAGUCGCGAAAGGCAAACUUCUAUGGUGGAAGCCGUUGUACGUCAAAGAGAUAUGUAUCGCGUUCUUUUGGCAAACACUGGACAAUCACCUAUAACACCGCGACAAGUACUUGAUCAAAAUGUCUUGAAUCAGUCAUCUUUUGAAGAAACAAAUGAAGCGUUAAAGGAACUUCAAAAACAGUUUGAAAGCUACAAAAAUGAAAAGCUGUCAAAUGAAAAACAGAUCAAGGAAAAGAAUGAAGAACUGCGGUCAACCAUCUCAGAGUUAAAUAUAAAAAAUGCAACUGCGAUGUCUCAGUUGGAGCAUACAAAUGAAAGAUACAAGUUACUGGAGUCAAAUUGCAACAGUUUGAAACGUGAAGCGGCUGCAUUAAGGGAUAAAUCUGAGAAAUUAUCUUUAACUUCUGCAAAACUUGAAACAUCAUACGAAACUGCCAAGCAAGAUUUAAGUGAAGUGAAAGAGAAAUUGAUGCGAAGUGAGGUGAUGUAUCAAAAUUUGGUUGAAGAGAAAAAUAUAGUUAAACAAGCGGAAGCAAGACUCGUUGAGGAAAAUAAAUCGUUGAUAAAUCAACAAAAAGGACAGAAUACAUUGUUAACCAAUCUUCAAACAAUACAGAACAAUUUAGAACGACAAGAGUAUGAAACAAGAUCGAGACAUACAAGUCAAGUUUCUGCUCUGGAACAAGAAGUCGCUAUUUUAAAACAAAAAUUAACUUCUGAACAAGACCAGAUUACAAAGUCUGCUGAUUCAUUCAAGUCCCAAGUUGGUGAAUGUAAAAGAAAAUUAAAAGCAGAAUCAGAACUUCUAAAAGAAGCAGAAAAUAAGGUGGAAGCACUUCAGUUAGAGUUGAAUAGUGUUAAGAUAAAGUUGUCUGAAAAAGAAUCACAUUUAUUAGCGAGUGAAACGAGAUUGAAUGAAAUUCUUGCACGAGAUGCAAGCGAGGAUGGUCCAGGACACGAGUUUGCCCGAAGAUUGAAAGAGAAAGAAGAACAGUUUUCAUCAACAGUUGAGGAGAUAAAAGGAAAGUUGUAUGAAACUGAGACAAGAAACAAAGUGCUGGAGAAUCAGAUUGGACUUUCGAAGAAACAUUUAGAUCAAUAUAAAGCGAUGCUGACUGCAAAUGAAGAAGCUCUGUCAGAGUUGAACAAGACAAGCAAAUUAUACCAGGAAAAAGCCGAGGGUGAAAAAGAAGACAACGUGAAAGUAAUGGCGGCUUUACAGGAAUCUCUCACAUCAACACAAGCGACGCUUGCAAAUCUAACAUCAGAAAAUACAGAAUUAAAAAAACAAUUUACCGAUAAAACAGCAAGUCUACAGAAGUCAGUGGAGAUAUUGACGUCAGAAGCAAGGGAGGCUGUGAAACGAGCUGAGAUGUGUGUUGAAAAAGAAAAAAGAGCAAAUGAAAUAUGCGAGGAACAGAAAACCUUGGCUAAAGAGACUCAAGAAAAAUAUCAAAAAGAGUUGGUUCAUCAUGCGUCCGAUGUUCAGGCUUUGACUUUGGCAAAAGAACAGUUAGAAACAUUUGAAUCUCGCUUGGCGGAAACGGAAGAAAAGCGCAAAAAUGCCGAGGGUAAUUUGAAUGAGUGCAAAGCCUCGUGGGAAGAACAGAAAAAUAUACACAAAGGAGAGUUGGAGAAACUAGUUUCACGCUGUGACGAACUGAAAAAUCAGAACGCUUUACUGCACGAACAAGGCGAGAAGCUGUCUCAACAAGUACUGGCCGCUCAGUCUCGUUCUCUCGGUGACAUUCGCGUAACUAGUGAAACUACACCAGAAUCAUCUGAUGCUCCAGUUGAUAAAACUGUCAAAGAUCUGUGGGAAGUCAUCAGAUUUGUAAGAAAAGAAAAGGAAAUUGCAGAAACAAAGAGUGAACUUUUGCAAUCUGAGAGUGUUCGAUAUCAACAACGUUUAGAAUACGUUGAAAAACAACUUCAAGACACAGAAGAAAUCUUGAAAAAGGAGAAAGAAAGAACAAAAUCACUUCCUAUUGAUGUCGCUGAACACGAGGAAAUAAUGAAGAAAGUUGAGAUGGUAGCAGAAAUAGAGGAGAUGAAUAAAGUUUUGAACAAUGAUAAAGAAACCUUGCAAAAUAAGCUGAAACAGACAGAAGCACAGGCCAAGCGUCUUGAAAGUGACAUCAAUCCACUAAAACAAAGUAUCAAGAAUUUGACUGCUCAGAAAGAUAUGUUAGUUGGAGAAAAAACUGGACUCAGAAGCGAGAUUCAACGCUGGCGUUCACGAGUGAAUCAGUUGAUAGAACAAUGUAAGAACCAAAUUGAUCCGGAAGAAAUGAAGAAAUUGCAAGAAGAAAAGAAACAACUUGUAGGACAACAAAAAGCAUCGACGGAUGAGGCACAAAAAUUGAAAGUGAGAAUGGAUGCUAUGAGGAAUGAAAUCACGAGAUUACAAGCUGAAAUUAAUGUGAAAAAGACUGAAACAGCAAAAAUACAGGAAGAACUGAAGACUGCGAAGGCUGAGAAUAAUGCAGCAGCGGCGAAACUAAAAGAAGAAAAUGAGAAUUUCCAGAAGGAACUGGGAACUAAAACAGAUGAGAUCCAGGAGAAAGCAAAAACGAUUAUUCAAUUAAAAAAGAUUGCUAAACGUUACAAGACCCAAUAUGACGAAACAUUCGCUCAAAAAGAGGAAUUAUCCAAAAAACUUUCAGAAGAACAACCAAGUGGUGAUGUAACAAAGCAGGAAAAUAUGAUUACAACUUUAACUGAAGAGAAAAAUAGUUUGCAGGAGGAAAUGGACAAACUGAAUCAGAACCUAAAAACAAGCAAGGAAAAAGAAGAGAAAUCGAAAAAAACUCUAAACUCUGCAACGAAACGAAUUCAACAGUUGAUGACAAUGAAAGAUAAAUAUUCUGCCGAAUGUGAAGAACUGAAGAAAUCCUUGGAAGGUCUUCGUCAAGAGAAAGAGGCUUUGGCAGCUGCAAGCAGUGAACGUGAAAUGAGACUGACUGUUUUAUCAACUCAGUUUGAAGGAAAACAUGCAAGAAUGGACAAAGAAUUGAAAGAGAAGAAUGAGUUGAUCGAAAAAUACGAACAAGAAAAGAACGAAAGUCAGGAAAAAGAAAAUGAAAAAGAAAGUGAAAUAGAUAAGUUAAAGAAGAAGCUACAACAGUAUGACCGUUUAAUACGCCAGGCUCAGCAAAAAAUCAAAUCUCAGGCGAGCCAAAUUGCAGCGAGUCAGGGUCAGGGUAAUUCAUCCAGUUCAACUGUAAGUUCAGGGGGGAAUGAAGAUCUAAACAGCACUCAAGUCACUACUGCUGUUCCACCAACUGCUGCUGUCAAGCCAACAGCUACUCCAACAAACUCUGUACCAGUCCGUUCUUUAGCAACACCAACAGCUAGUAUACGACCUAUGACGUCAGCCACAGUCCAAGCCACGCCCCGUGCCACUGUGCCACCCACCGUCACUACUCAACCCGCAGUACCUACAGCAGUUACAACUCAGCCAACAGUUUCCGCUGAACCUAUUGCUACAUUACCAGUCUCUGCACGAGCACAAACUUCUGCUACACCAACAGUUCAUCCUCUACCAUCAACCCCAGUCUCCUCCUCUGUAAUGACGUCAACUACAUCAGAUGUGGCUGCUGUAUCUGUAAGGCCAAUCAUGUCGUCAAGUGUGGCUAUCAUACCAACACAUGACGUUGAUGAAGAAAGACCUUCUGAUGUUAUUAUUGAUGAACGUCCUUCAACUUCAGCACAAAUCCAGUCAGCAGAGUUAAGACCUGAAGAUGACGUCCCAGUAAGGGAGGAUGAUGAACGACCUGGAAACAAACGUCCACGUGAAAGUGAAAGCACAACAGAUCAAAAUUUAGGACUUCAAGAAGCAAAGAAGUCAAGAACGGAAAUGCAGGAAGAAAUUGAGGAAACGACAGAACAAUUGGAUGAAGAAGAUGUUCUUGAUGUGAUGGCCGAGGACGAUAAUAUUGAUGUUGAUGACAACGAUGAGGAAAGACAGGAAGAAGUUGAAGAAGAAAGAGAGGUUGUAUGUAUUGAUGAUGAUAGUGAGGAAGAAGAAGCUGGUGAAGAUGAUGGACAAAUUGAAGCGGAUGAUAUCGAUGAAGAUGAUGAUGUCGUCGAAGUUAUUGAUGAUGAUGAUGAUGAGGAUGAUGACGAGGAUGAUGUUGAAAAUGAUGUUGAAGAUGACAUCGAUAUGAAAGAAGAAUUUGCUGAUGCUGAAGAAAUUCCUGCAGAACAGUCGCAAGGUCCUGGACAAGAAGAAUCUGCAGAUAGUACAGAUGUUGUUAUACCAACCACUACGGACGCAAUAUCGACAUCACAUCAAGAACAACAUUCUCAGGAGCCUGUUGUGACAUCACAAAGUGUCCAUCCUAGGACUCAACCACCAUUCAUUAGAUCCCAGUCUCAUCUAGCGCCGUUCACCUUGUCUCAGAGCCAGUCUGGUGGUGGUGGCUUUGAUGAAACUGAUGAUUGCAUGGUACCGAGUACUCCCACAUUAUUCAUUCCAAAACGAUCAGAUGGUUUUAGUGAAAUGAUAAGUUCACCUCGUGUGCAACAUCCAUCAUUCUUAUUUGGAUCAACAACUGAGAGCAGCUUACCUCAGACAGGAGGAUUAGCGAUGGGAAUGACGGAAGAAGGUCUUCGUGUUGAUGAUACAAGAUUUGAUAUCAUGGCGUCUUCUGGAGAAGGAGAUGAAGCAGAUCUUGGUUUUGAUAAUGUUGUUCCAGACUUGGAUGAAGCCGCGACUAUUGAUUUUACGUCUGAAGACGACAUAUUAGAUCCUCCCACCAUGGUCGACAUCGCGGCAAGUGGUGUUGAUGUUUCUGAACAAAAUGUUCCUGAAACUAGCGAAAAAUUUGAUCCUGUCGAAGUUACAGAAGCUGUUCCUGAGACCAGCAAGGCCCCGGAUGAGAAUGUGACGUCACAAUUAGAGCAAAAAGCAGAAGUGAAAGAUUCUGAAGAAGCCAGUGGCAGUUCUCUUGUCUCAGCGACAACCAUUAAACCUGCGGAAGAACGUUUAGUUUCAUUUGCAGAUUCUUCAAAAGAAAUGGAUUCCCAGGAAAGUUCUUCAACUUCAGAGCCUUCCACAUCAACUGGCAAAACAAUAGUUUUGUUAACUAGUCAAGAAAACCGCCCAUCACAGAAGUCCACAGUUGUGCAACUGAGAAGACCAGGGCAACCCCAGACUCAAGCAUCCAGAGGCCGCAGGCAGAUACGAAGAGUUCAAGGACUAGGUCAAGCAAUCCCACCAACAAGAGGUUUACAACGCCGAGGCAGAGGUCAGUGGCCUGGAAACCAGUAAAUGAAGUUAAUUGUUCCCUUGGCAAAUAAAAUAUCUCGGAGAUUGGCGAGAAGUUUUCAGUUAGCAAUCCUGAUGAAGAAUACCCUUUCGCAAAUAUACACACGCUGGAUAUUUUCUAUGAAAUUCUUUAAUAUUAUCUCAUAUAAAUAUAGUUUUUCAUGAUUUCAUCUUAAAAGCUUUGAAUGUAGAUGAAGUUGGUUAAUAUUUACAGUAAAAUUAUUAUUCGUAGUAAAAAAAAACGCUACGAAAAAUGGUACAAACGUUUUCAUGCCAAUGCUUACCAAAACGUUUUUAUAUUUAAAUAAAAUUUGUAAAUAUAGUCCUAGUUAUCUUAGGGUGUUGUGUUUUUCUGCCUGUAUUUUGCAUUUUAAUUUUGUGAAACCGUGGCAUGAGAGAAUUGCCGUUGUCACCUCA